AUGAUGCUUCAAUAUCUUGAAUCAUUAAAUUUUGAUUUUGAAACAAGACAUCAAUUGGAAAAGUAUCUCGAGUUUGUUGGCAUGCGUGCUAGUGGCAAACUUAAGACUACGGCGUCAUGGAUAAGAAAUUUCGUACAAACCCAUCAAAAUUAUAAUCAUGAUUCAAUAGUAUCUCAAGAAAUUAAUUAUGAUCUUAUAAAAAAAGAUAGAAGAGAUACAAAAAUGUCAAAUUAA